UUUAAAGAGAGAGAGAGGGAGAGAAAGAAAGCGAACCGUUACUCGCACGAUAAACCCAUGUCAGUAAGAGACAGAGUACCGUGGCGUGAACGCUGUGUCGUCCAGGGGGAUGAGCUCCGGCACCCUCAUCCCACCGCGGCUUCUCCUCUCGUGCGUGCGCCGCGGCCGGACGCGCGUUUCUCCGCCCGUCGAGCUGCGGAUUUCACCAAAAGCAACGUGAACUUGGUUGCAACAUCAGUGUACAGUACAGCAAGGUCGCUCCCCGGAUUAAGUCUCGCCCGUCCCGCACCGCUGGGAGAGAUCAAGACUCGUUAUAUGCGAAUCGCUGACGAAGUAAUCUUUUGAGAUGAAAGAGGGAAAAGGAUGACUUCAUGCACUGUGUAGACAUGAGAAGACCAAGGAGUAUGUGAAGAUGUCCCAGAAGGCAACGAAAACAUGGUGCCUUAGGCUUCUCCCACUUCUCCUCUUCUUCAUCUCCUUUGUCACAUACUACUGUUCCUAUGCCAUACUUCAAAGCUACGGCGGCACCGGCAAGGCUCUGAACGGUAGCAAGUCGCUGUGUGGUGGCUGGAUAACCCAGAAGAAGUGGGAGAGUCUUAACUUCAACAUCACUCGACGGACUCAGCUCUUCCUGAAACUGGAGGAUUUCUUCUGGCGGGAGCAUCUGUCGGAGCAGGCAUUACCUUAUGGCAUAAAGGGCAGUGAGCUGAUGCUACUCAAAGUCCUGGCUGUGACUCCAACUUAUCAAUUACCGCCUGACAUUGAAAAUCUUGAAUGCAGAACCUGCGCCGUCAUUGGCAAUGGCUUCGCCAUCAAGAACAGCUCCUUGGGAAGCAUCAUCAACAAGUACAACGUCGUCUUUCGGCUGAACGAUGCCCCAGUGAGAGGCUACGAGGACGACGUGGGGAACAAGACCACCAUGAGGUUCUUCUACCCCGAGUCCGCCUCCGCCAACCCCGGACUGCACAACGAGCCCAGCACUCUGAUGGUCAUGGUGCCUUUCAAACAGCAAGACCUGCGGUGGCUCAAAGAGAUCCUCUAUAACGAGAAGAGGGUCAGGAAAGGUUUUUGGAAGCCCCCACCUCAGAUCUGGUUGGGGGAUGUGAGUAAAAUCAGAGUACUGGACCCACACUUUUUACACCAGACUGCAGACAGACUGCUGCAGAUCCCUCUGCACCCCAACAGCAAACAGAUGCCAGUGCAUCCGACCACGGGUAUCCUCGCCGUCUUUGUCGCUCUCAACUACUGUGAUGUGGUCCACGUUGCUGGAUUCGGAUACCCCGGCUCAAGGACCCCGCGGCAGCCGAUCCAUUACUAUGGAUACGACACCAUGAAGUCUAUGAAAAACUCAUACCACGACGUCAAACACGAAGCUCAAGUCUUAAAGAGACUGGAGGAUUCUGGAGCCAUUUCAUACCUGCACCAGCAUUUAUGAUGCAGACUCUUCCAACAAUCAAGGAACAAUUACAAUUUAAAAUUUGGUUUUGGGAGCUUAAUGGGACACCAGCGUGCCUUCAGCAGGGGGAUACAGGGUCUUGUCCUGGUUCAUUGCUGGAAUCAAGCAUCUCACAGCUGCUGCUCAAAUGAGAUGUGUUUCCUCCAGAAGAUCGAUGUUUUAUCAUUGAACUGCAAAGCAGAUGAUUCUGGAUCAUUCCUUCUACAUGGUUACAAACUCAGUGUCUCUUGGACAUAUUUUUUUCCUCUGAACUGACAGAGACAGAGAUGUGCUGGAGUCUGAUGGGAUUUUAGCACCAAUGAGAAGAAAUGACCUGCUCACAAAUCUACAGCUAGAUUAGCUUUACUAUUGGAGUGAACUGUCUUUAGAUUGUUCAUUUUUCACGAUCUGAUUAAAAUAAGUGACUUAUUAAUUUAUUGAGGAAUUUUUUUAGAUACAUAUGAUGGUACUUCUGGAUCUUUUUAAUGUACAUAAUGAAGAAAAAUUAAAAAAUUACCAAAAUUAUUUUAAAUUAAUAUUUUGUUUUGCCUGCUUUUUCUGCCGUUUGCUGCUAAUCUGACCAAGCCGACCUCUCAUGCUGUACCACUGAUCACCACUAGAUGGCAGAGAGUCUCUGUUGCAUUCAUGACGUGCUCCUGGUAGUCUUUACUGCACUGCACAUGGUGCAGUCAUGCAGCAGCACAUCUUUAAGCGCCUGGGGUAAUGGCAACAGGGAAACUUGCACUAGUCCAUGUGCAGGGCCACGCAUCUGCAGUACGAACAUCUGGAAGACCAGAAAUUUGCACAAUGCUGAUAAUUGAGAAUGACUAGCACACAGCUGCCACUGGCGACAGAUGUUAAUGAUGGUUUGUGCUCCGCGUACACGUGGCCCUCCGUAUUAGCGCUGACAUGCAUGGAGCGGGGCCCUCGGCGUUUAGAAACCGUGGUUACUCACAUCUUAGCACGGCAGCCGCUGUGACGGGGGGCCAGCUCAUCAUCCGGCACCAGAAUAACACAAGACAGCUGAUCUCCUAGAAAUCACUAAAUCAUACAGUAAACGCUGUAGUACAAUCAUUUUUCCGCUAUUAGUAUGAAUGUAGCCUGCUGCAUGACCAUUGUGAUACUACCACCGUGUGCUGCUGCUGAAGCCCAGCUUUAAGUGCCAAUACACUUGAGUGCGGUGUUGCGUCUUUUGAAUAGUGAUGCACACGUUCUUCUCAAGGUCAGAGCAUGAAAGAGUUAUCGUCGGGCUGCGAUUCACCGCACUGAGCUCAGCACACAACUUUGAAAUAAUGUUUCUACGACGAGACGUCAGCCUAAAAUAUGACAUGGUUCUAAUAUGUCAACAAAACAGGAUGCUGUCAUUACAGUAAUGUGUGAUUCUAGAAAAGCCAUAUAUACCACAGUAACACCGGUCACAUGGAGGGUAAGUCAUUUUCAAUUCAUUAUUAAAUUUGAUGGCAGUGCCACAUUAAAAUUAUAUUUAUAUAUUAUUAAAAGGCCUGUGUCAUCUCACAGUGGUGUUUGUUGAUUGUGUUUUUACACAUGUGCUUUUACUGAAUGAUUAGAUUUUGUGGCAAAAAGUAUUUAACUGCAAUGUGUUCUCUCAAUUUUCUUGUUAUUAUUCCCUAAACAAAAUCCUGCCAGUCUUUAUGGAUAUUGGGAGAU